CUGUUAACAAAACGCAUCGAUGCAUGCCUCAAAACCAGAUGGUGAGCUCAUUUUGUUAAGCAUAUCAUUGGGUUAUUAUGUCGCGUACUUCGCUGUUUAUUAUUUUUGUCUUAGUAUGAAAUACAACGGCCGCUUUCCGGAAAUUAUCUACCACGUCAAAAGUCCUUGGCUAGCGCAGCUGUGUGUUCGCUGUUUAAUUAAGAGAGUGAGAAUUGCGGGCCACCGCCUCGCUGCCCUGUUCAAAGCAAAGAUAGGCUUCUCGUAAGAGCUUGUCCAUCUUUUACGAGUGAUUAGGAGCGAGCAUGCGGAGCGUCACCCAGUUACGCGAUGGGGAUGGCGUUAAAGAGUGGAGGAACGUCUUGAUCUCUCUUGAAGUUUUACUGCUUUCGCUGUGAGUCACGCAGCUCAGCUGACUUGAGAAAGGAAGGGAGUGUGUGGCCUGCGCCGAAAGCGCGUGACAUUUUGUCGGUGAGAGGCGCCGUCCCGUCGGGUGCCUGUUUCGUUUUAUACUCCAUGGCAAAACAGGAAGUCUGUGUCGUGUCUACAGAUCAAACUGGCUGCAUUGCAAUAAAAGCCAGCCUGGCAUCCUCCAACAAAAUGGAAUCGAAUACAUCAGCCAUUACCUUCUAUAUUGAAAGUAUGACUGAUCAGGCAAGUGCUAGGACCAUUCAAGGUGUGCUAGCCAGUCUCGAAGGAGUUCAUGCUGUCAGGGUGGAACCGACAGCAGGAAUGGCUGCUGUGACGUAUAAACCUGAUGUGACGUCUGAGGCAAGCAUCAGGAGGAAAAUUGAAGAUUCCGGCUACAUUAUCAAGAAUGGUGACCUUCUGCAGCUUCAGGCCCCAGGUGGCGUUGCGGACUCUGACCAUUCCACAUCUGUCUUCCAAGCAGAGAAUGAAAUACCAUACGACGUCUUCAAAAAACAGUUGGAGACGAAACUCUGCCAUCUUGUUGCUGGUGCCGUCGCAGUCUUUGUGGUUCCUGGUGUCAACGGGCCCCCUUUGGGUAUUGUCAGCUUUGAUUCCAGGAAUAUCCCAACGGAAAUCAUUGAUAAAGAGGUUGGGAUGACGCGACUGAGACUCUCAACGACUCUUCUGAGUGUGAAGGGCAUGACUUGCCAGUCGUGUGUUCGUAAUAUUGAGUCUCACGUGGGGCAGGAGCCUGGUGUGAAAGGUGUAAAGGUUUCACUCGAGGAGGAAAAUGCAAGGUUUGUUUAUGACGGUGAACUGCUGACUGCAGAGGCACUUGCUGAGAAGAUAGAAGACAUGGGUUUUGAGUGCAGUGUUCUCAACUCUGUGGCUCUCGAUGCUGGCGGCCCAGAAGGGGCUAUCAGGGAGGCAGCUCAGCCCAAAACAGCUCCUGUUUCUGAACAGCCAGUGAUGUCUGUUGAGGCGUCUGGUACUAACAGAGGAGACCACAGCAGUUUCGAAGAUGGCGAAAAGUGCUUCCUGAGAGUGACCGGCAUGACCUGUUCCUCUUGUGUUGCUGCCAUAGAGAAGAAGCUGUUCAAAGUGAAAGGAGUAAAAUUUGCUCUGGUUGCCCUGUUGGCUCAGAAGGCAGAAGUCAGGUUUGACCCAACGCUAGUCCAACCUAACCAACUGGCAGAGCUGAUCAAUGACUUGGGAUUUGAAGCAUCUGUCCUUGAGGAAUCGCACACUCUGCAUGGUGAAGCUGAAUUUGUGAUACGUGGCAUGACCUGUGCCUCAUGUGUUCACGCCAUUGAGACCAACGUCUGCAAGCUUCCCGGUGUCGCCAGUGCGUCGGUCAGUCUGGCGACGCAGAAGGGAAGGUUUUUUUUCAACCCAGAGCAGACAGGUCCACGCCAAAUCUUGGAACGAAUCAAGAAUUUGGGUUUCGAUGCAUAUCCAUUUACUGACCACAAGAUGGAUGCAAGCUACUUGAGCCAAAAGGAAGAAGUUAAAAAGUGGAGAAAUUCGUUCCUGCUCUCUCUGAUGUUUGGUGUGCCAUCCAUGCUGCUCAUGAUGUACUACAUGAUCCGGCGCAUGGUUUACAAGCAUGACAACGACUGCUGCAUAUUUCCAGGGCUUUCAGCUGAGAACUUCAUUCUUUUUCUGUUAGCUACCAUAGUCCAGUUUGUUGGCGGCCGCUACUUCUAUGUGCAAGCUUGGAAGGCCCUGUCCCACAGGGUUGCCAACAUGGAUGUGCUCAUCGUGCUGGCAACAAGCAUCUCUUAUUUCUACAGUGUUAUGAUUGUUGUGUACUUUAUGAUUGAUGGUGCGGACCACAGCCCAAAGACCUUCUUUGAGACACCACCCAUGCUGCUCAUGUUCAUAUCGCUCGGACGGUGGCUCGAGCACAUUGCCAAGGGAAAGACAUCGGCUGCACUUGCCAAGCUGAUUUCACUGCAAGCCACGGAGGCAGUUCUUGUGGAUGUGGAUGCCCAGAUGAACGUUACUGCAGAGCGAAACAUCAGUGUAGAAUUGGUUCAAAGAGGAGACGUGUUAAAGGUUGUGCCUGGAGCAAAGAUACCAGUGGAUGGGAGAGUGUGCAUGGGUCACUCUGUUGUUGAUGAGGCACUCAUCACUGGCGAAUCCAUGCCUGUGCCCAAGAAAGUUGGUGACCAGGUCAUUGGCGGUUCCAUCAACAGCAAGGGCGUCCUUCUGAUCAUCGCCACCCAUGUUGGCAAGGACACAACACUCUCACAGAUUGUGCGGCUUGUUGAGGAGGCCCAGACAUCCAAGGCUCCAAUUCAACAGCUAGCAGACAAAAUAGCUGGCUACUUUGUUCCCGGUGUGGUGCUGGUUUCGCUGCUGACAUUGUUUUGUUGGGUCCUAAUUGGAUUUCACAAUGUUGAGUACAUCACACGAUUCUUCAAGAGACAGCGAUAUCACGACACAGACAGCGAGCUCAUCUUCCAGUUUGCGUUCCAAUGUGCCCUGACUGUGCUGUCCAUCGCAUGCCCUUGCUCGUUGGGUCUGGCGACACCCACUGCCGUCAUGGUUGGCACAGGCGUUGGUGCAUCCAACGGAAUUCUAAUCAAAGGAGGAGAGCCACUUGAAAUUCUCCACAAGGUUGGUUGCGUAGUGUUCGACAAGACAGGCACUCUCACAAACGGCAUGCCAGUGCUGACGCGCAUGACCUUGCUGGUUGGAACCCGGGUCUGCUCUUUUGCCAAGCUACUGCUCCUGGCUGGAACAGCCGAGGCCAACAGUGAGCACCCCAUAGGCACUGCCAUUACUAAGUUUGUCAAAGAAACCCUAAAGAUCAAUUCCCUCGGAAAGUGUGCUGACUUUGGGGCUGUCCCUGGUUGCGGUCUGCGGUGCCGUGUGUCUGGUGUGGAUGCUUUGCUGCGCAACAUUGAGGAUUUGGAGCACCUUGUCACUAACACCAAGCACCCUCGUAGCAGCUAUGUGGCUUCUUCAGGAGAUGUGAUGAUUGACCGGUGGAUACUGCCAGCUCACAUCCGGGGGGACACCUUGCUCAGUCCGCCCCAAAACCUCUUGGUAGAUGUGCAAAACACUCAAGAAAACUUGGCCCCCCGUGAUGGCAGCAGUGUGGUUCUAAUUGGAAACCGAGAAUGGAUGCAUCGCAAUGGCAUUGUGGUUGACAUUGAAGUGAGCCACCUCAUGGAGCAGCACGAAGAGAAGGGCGAGACAGCGGUGCUCUGUGCCAUUGAUGGAGUGCUAGUCUGCGUGCUGGCAGUUGCUGACACUGUCAAGCCUGAAGCAAACUUGACAGUUUACACAUUAAAAAAAAUGGGCCACGAAGUCAUUCUCCUAACAGGAGACAACAAGCGCACCGCUGCUUCGAUAGCUCGUCAGGUUGGCAUCAAACAUGUCUAUGCAGAAGUGCUUCCGUCGCACAAGGUGAUGAUGAUCCGAAGGCUUCAAGAGCAGGGGCGGCGUGUUGCCAUGGUGGGAGAUGGCAUUAAUGACUCUCCAGCCCUAGCUCAGGCUGACAUUGGCAUCGCUAUCGCUAAUGGUACCGACGUUGCUGUUGAGGCUGCUGACGUUGUUCUUGUUCGUAAUGACCUCCUUGAUGUUGUCGGUGCCAUAGCCCUCUCUAAGGCCACUGUGAGAAAGAUACGGCUCAAUUUUUUCUUUGCCACUGUCUACAACCUUGUUGGAAUUCCGCUGGCAGCUGGUGUUUUCAUGCCCUAUGGUGUCGUCCUAAAGCCUUGGAUGGGGGCUGCAGCCAUGGCCAUGUCAAGUGUCUCUGUAGUCUCAUUUUCACUCAUGCUCAAGCUGUUUAAGAAACCAACACGGGCCACCCUUGAAACUCAGCAGUACCUUUCGGAACUUCAGCGGCAGGGCAACUCUCGCAGUUCCAACUACGAUGACCUGUCACUCCACUGUGGCCUGGAUGACGUGCCUGCCAUGACUGGUGCACAAUUCAAGUCAUCCAUCCGUGGCUCGACCUUCACCAUACUGUUCAGCAGUCUGAGAGACAAAGCUGAAAAGACUAAGCAAGGGCAUCUGCUCGGUCAAGAUGAAGAGAACGCAGACAUGUGCUCCUAGAUUGACCAGAACCCGCUUGCAGCCAAUUGCUGCUUCAAGUUGCUUCUCCAUGACUGCCUGUGUAUGAUGAUGGUCGGAUUGAAGCCUGGCCUAUUGAUUACAAGCUGGCACAACUUGACAACCGAGUACCUUGCAGCCAAACAUGAAAUGGGUGCAUCAUUGAGGGUACGUGUUUAUUCUACUAUCCUUAAGUUGGCACAGCUGGGCGGAUCGAGUUCACUUCCUUUGCAAGUGUCACUGAUGGCGUUUGCUGCUGUUCCUUUUGAGCUGCUGUUCACACAUUCCUGGCCAUCAGGCCGUUUAUAGAGAAUGGCUGCAUUCUACAAGGCUGCUAAUGCUGUGCAGCAUGUGAGAGUGAGCACUGAAAUUUUUGUGGAGACCUUCAGAGCCAAAUUGACUGAGCUGUGGAAUGUAGUGAGCCCGACUCUUGCUUCUGUGGCAGUCUGAUGGCCUGAUUUGUUCCAGAAUUGUCAUGGGACAUUAAAAUGUACAGAUGUAUGUAGCUUGUACUGCAGGAAGCAUUUAAGGUGCCAGACCAACAGAACACUGUUUCCUAAAAGUAAAUUCUGCGAUGGUACGUUGCUUGGAUAGCUAGCAGUGUACUGUUUAGACAAUGAGUGAUUGUAUGAAGGAUUUAGCUGGCAUGAUUACUUAUGCAUUUGGAACCAUAUCUUGAGAUUAUGGCAACCUGUCCUUGGAAGAGUCAAGACAUCUUGUUUCUCUGCUCACUUGCAGUCCAUGAAUAUUAGUCCUGACUGUUGAAGAUGUGAAAAAUGGCAGGUUUGUACUGGAAGCGGUGAGACGUGUUCUGCCCAUGUGCCAAAGUGAGAUUAGACUUAUCAAGUACAGUCAACUCGCGAUGAUUCAAACCCUGUUUAAUUAUGUAGUUAAUUCGAACACUGUGAUUUGAAAGCAUUUUGAAGCCACAAAGUUCGAACGAGAAUUUUAGGUAAAAGUUCCCUGCAAUGGCAUCUUGAACAGGGCAAGUAAACCCUUGCAAAAUCAUCAAAUAAUGCUCUCAUGAUGACCUUGACUAAGUGUUACUCAGUGAAGCACAGCAGGAAAACCUGUAAUAUCACUCACAAGAUAAUUUGUGCUUUCCUGUUUCCCCCACUACCCUACCUUUAGACCUAUGACAUGAAGGCAUCGUCUAAAGGCUAAUGACUGCAUUUCUUCAUUAAAGCUGACUGUUGGCUUCACACUUUAGUUGUCGCAACCAGUGAGCACCAGCCAACUAAGAGCAAGAGCUAUCUUUUAAGAGUAAAGUAGCUGAAAAGGCAAGUAUUAAAGAUGUACAUAAAAGAGCACCGAAAUAUAAGCACCUGUGUUCCAGAGUUGGUGCCUCAUGGAGGGCAAGAAAUGCAAGUAUGUGUGGCCUGGCACAACACAGGUGGUUUAUUUGCUGUUGCAUGAAAGAAACGAAGUAUAAAAAGUUUACUUACGACCAUGUUACAGUGCAUCAAAAAAGGUGGCAGUUCUGGGAGAAGUGAAACAAAGCAUUGGUAUUAUAAAAAAAGAAGCUGUCUAAAAAAUCCCUGACAGAGUAGGUUCCUGAAGCACUUCCCCCCAAUGUGCGAAGCAUUUUGGAAAUUUGUUAAAUAAUAUUGCAGGGUCACUUCAAUUAAAAACGUUUGGAUUCCCAUUUCAGAGCAACGACACCAUAAGCAGCUCUUGAGAGGGCACUUAUAAAUUGGCAGUCAUUAAAAUGGUCCCGCAUUUUCAGGCUGCUGUGUAUCAUGAUGGGCACCACUGCAAAUUGGUACCACAAGUCUGGUCACAUGUUUACUGCUCUGAUAUCCUGAAUUUGUUGCACAAAGACUUUAUUUCUACACUGUGGAACCUCGCGGUGUCGUCAGUCAGUCUUGCACUUUGUGCAUGUAUCUGUUUACAUAAAUUAAAAUUUGGUACUGAGGCCUAAUUUGUUCAAUGUGUCCUAAUUCAAACAAAUACAGUUAAAGCUGGAUAUACUGAAAUUGAUAAAUCCCCGCAAAACUUCGUUAUAAAGAGGAUUUUGUUAUAUGCAGGUUCGGCACGAAAAUUCGACAAAGAAACGCUUACCGUAUUUACUCGAUUUUAACGCGCCCUCGAUUGUAACAUGCACCCGUUUUCCGUGACCAAAAGAGAGACAAAAAAUCCUUUACAGUACCGCGCACCUCAUGCUUUAUAAUCACUCAUCCUUGGAAUGUCACACCAGGUACUGGAUGCAUGGACGCGUGUCGUUUCGCACAAGCGGGAGGCGUCAGAAACUGAAGAGCGAGAGACACUGAUGGCGUCGUAGCGUCGUAUAGUGUCACCUAGUGUCCGGUUAGUGAAGUGAAGUGCAGAGACUUGCGCAGGUAACCAAAGAGUGGCGCUGCCAGCACGUUGAAAAAAAAAAAACUUUUUUUUUUUCUU